UAGGAGCCACAGCCCAGGAGCAGACUAGCCAUCCUUGGGGAACAGCCCCCAAAGCUGAUCUUCCUUUAAGCUCAGCCCUUGGGCUGCAGAGUGGCAGGGAGGCUGAGAGUCCCUCGCUCCACCCAGUACUGGAACAUCUGUGUUUCAGUGUCAUCUCUGCCACUGCCUCUCUCACUGAGUCCCAGGCUCUUUCUUCAUAUGUAGUGAUCAGACCCACCGUACUCUUGUGAGGCCCCACCAAGAGCAGGUUGGAUGAGACCUUGAAUGCAGACAGAUGCUCCUAUGGAGGCUCUCCCUGCCUUUCUGGGUGAGAGGGCAGGACUCCACCUCUGAUUGGCACUGCUCCCAGCCCUGCCUUAGUUGCCUGGCAACAGCUCUGCGUCUCUAGCCGGGGAUACGCUAUGGCAGGUGGCAGUCCAGCAGCCAAGAGGGUAGUGGUGUCCCGGAAUGGGGACCCCUUCUCCCCAGGCCACCAGCUGGUGGUGACUCAACACUGCUUCCCCACCCUGGAGACCUUCCUCUGUGAUGUGACAUCGGCUGUGCAGGCCCCACUGGCCGUGCGUGCUCUCUACACGCCUUGUCAUGGCCACCCUGUCACUGACCUGGCAGACCUGCAGAACAGAGGGCAGUAUGUGGCUGCUGGCUUUGAACGAUUCCGCAAGUUCCCCUCUUUAUACCCUAGAGGGGAGAAUCCAGGUGGGAAGAGCAGCAGACUACCUGGCCCUCCUGUGAUUCAGCAGCCAUGUGAUGGGGCCCUUGGACAGCGGCUACCUGCAGGUUCCCCCUGCUGUAUCCAUGUGUUCAGGAAUGGGGACCUGUUAAGCCCCCCAUUUAGCCUGAAGCUGUCCCAGGCUGCCAGCACGGACUGGGAAGCAGUGUUGAAACUCCUGACUGAGAAGGUGAAAUUACAGAGCGGGGCUGUGCGCAAACUCUGCACCCUGGAUGGGCUCCCACUGUCAGCAAGGGAGGCUCUGGUGAGUGGCCAUUACUAUGUGGCUGUCGGAGAGGGGUUCAAGGCCCUCCCCUAUCUGGUGCCUCGUCCCUCACUGCCCAGGGGCUGCUGGCAACCCCCAGACCCAAAGUCCAGGCUCCACAGCAGGGGGUAGGUGAGGCAGGGGGCCGAUGGCCACAGAGCACAGGCAACCCAGUCCUCUCCAAAGGAAGCCAGGCAAAUUGAGCCAUCUGCUUUUUAUGCCAGCCCCCAGCAAGCUUUUCAGCAUGCUCUCCACUCUCUUGAGGGGACCCAAGAAUCCAAGGCCUUCUCUGCCAGCCUCGGACCUGAAGUCAAGGGAGUGUAUGGGGCUCCCCAUGCAAGGAUGGAGACAGCACGGGCCCAGGGAGUAGCACAUGAUGAAGCCACCUGGACAGAGGCACCCCUGGAUCAGAGGGCAGCACAGGUAGUGGAAGAGGCCCUGAUCCUGGAAAGCCGGCGAGCUGGGGCAGCUCUCUCGGCCUUGGCCCCUGCUCUGCCAUCUUGAGAGCCAGCAGCUGCAGCCAGGAACUGGGGACCGCCACUCUGCGGCCACCAUUUAUCCUCAGCCUCCAGCGGCCGGUUCUCAAGGAAGCAGGGCCUCCCCUAGGCUCACAGGGUGCGCUGCAGCCCCUCUUCUGCCCCUAAACCCACAGCCCAGCCUCCUUUCCGCUCCGAGCAGAGCAGCC